AUGAAGCAGCGAUUUUCUUCCCUCGACGUCAAGGUCAUCGCACAUGAGUUGAAUGAUUGCCUGGUGUCUUUACGAUGUGCCAACGUCUACGACCUCUCCUCCAAGAUCCUGCUUAUCAAGUUCGCCAAGCCCGAUGUUAAGAAGCAGCUCGUCAUCGAUAUUGGCUUCCGAUGCCACCUGACAGAGUUUGCGCGCACCACGGCCGCAGCUCCCUCCGCCUUCGUCGCUCGGCUCCGUAAAGUGCUCAAGACGCGGAGGUUGACAUCCGUGUCGCAAGUGGGAACCGACAGAGUGCUCGAGUUUCGCUUUAGCGAUGGGCAGUACCGUCUCUUUCUCGAGUUCUUUGCCAGCGGCAACAUCAUCCUUACCGAUGCCGACCUGAAAAUCUUGACCAUAGCAAGAAAUGUCGCAGAGAGCGAAGGCCAAGAGCCGCAAAGAGUUGGGCUCCAAUAUUGCUUGGACAACAGGCUGAACUAUCAUGAAAUUCCCCCCAUCUCGAAAGAUCGGAUUCGGAAUGGGCUCAAGUCUGCUGUGGAGAAAUCUAGACAGAACGCUGCUGCGACGAAGAAAGCCAAAGGGAAACCUGGAGGUGACUUGAGGAAGUGUCUCGCCGUCUCCAUCACCGAGCUACCUCCCGUUCUGGUCGAUCAUGUCCUCCACUGCAACAAUUUCGAUACGUCGGUUAAGCUUGACGACCUGCUCGAGAAUAAUACCUUGUUGGAUCAGCUGGUUAGGCUGCUUGGCGAAGCUCGAAAACAAGUUGAUGCUAUUACGUCGUCACCCGUGUGCAAGGGCUACAUAUUUGCCAAGCGCAAUGAUGGGAGACCAGCACCAGGCAAUUCCCCUGCUGGCGCGGUGUCGAAGCGAGACGGUCUGCUUUACGAGGACUUUCACCCCUUUGUCCCACAAAAGUUCCAAAACGACCCCUCGAUAACGGUCCUCGAGAUUCAAGGCUAUAACCAAACUGUCGAUGACUUCUUUUCCUCACUUGAGGGCCAAAAACUGGAGACUCGAUUGUCGGAGAGGGAAGCGACUGCAAGGCGGAAGCUUGAAGCGGCAAGACUAGACCAAAGCAAGCGAAUUGAGGGCCUUCAGAGUGUACAGGAGAUCAAUUUUCGCAAAGCCGCUGCUAUCGAGGCUAAUGUGGAGCGUGUCCAAGAGGCCAUGGAUUCCGUCAAUGGCCUCAUCGCCGAAGGUAUGGAUUGGGUUGACAUCAGCAGGCUCAUUGAGCGAGAAAAGAAGCGGCACAACCCAGUUGCCGAACUCAUCGUUCUACCAUUGAAGCUCGCUGAAAAUACCAUCACUCUCCACAUUGCCGAGGAGGAAUUUGACGACGAAGAGGAGGAUGACCCGUAUGAGACCGAUGAUAGCGACCGUGAUGCGGAAGCUGAUGGGAAGAACAUGAACAAGAAUGACCAGGCCCAGAUGGGGUUAACCGUCGAUAUAAAUCUCACCAUGAGCCCUUGGGGAAACGCACGGGAGUAUCACGACCAACGCCGAUCGGCCGCCGUCAAGCAAGAGAAGACGCAGUUGCAGGCGACGAAAGCACUCAAGAGCACCGAGCAAAAGAUCAACGAAGAUCUGAAGAAGGGACUAAAACAGGAGAAGGCGCUCCUGCAGCCGAUCCGAACUCAAAUGUGGUUCGAGAAGUUCAUCUGGUUCAUCUCGUCCGAUGGCUAUCUGGUCAUCGGAGGCAAGGACCCGGCACAGAACGAAAUGCUUUACAGGAGGUACCUGCGGAAAGGCGACGUAUACUGUCACGCGGACCUGAAGGGUGCAUCGAGCAUCGUCAUCAAGAACAAUCCGAGCACGCCAGGCGCGCCUAUCCCGCCUGCCACGCUGUCUCAAGCAGGCUCACUUGCGGUCUGCUCCUCGGAAGCGUGGGAUUCCAAGGCUGGCAUGGGUGCAUGGUGGGUAAACGCCGAUCAGGUAUCAAAGUCUGCCACAACGGGUGAUUUUUUGCCCAUCGGUUCCUUCAUGGUGAAGGGGGAGAAAAAUUUCCUUCCGCCUGCACAACUUUUACUCGGUCUUGGCAUCAUGUUCAAAAUUAGCGACGAAAGCAAAGCCAAGCAUGUGAAGCAUCGGCUUAACGAUGACUCCUUGGCUGUUGCCAGUCGGGCCGCUGAAUUGGGAUCUCCAGACGACGUGAACGAAUCAACCUUCGCCAAGGACAAGAGCUUGUCAGCCGACGUAGAAGAAUCUUCAGAUGACGAUUCCGACGGUGGCAAGGCCGGAGAUGACGCUCGGGACAAUCCUCUCCAGGCAUUUAACAACCGGGGGGAUGACGAUGCCUUGGAGACUGUCCAAAAAGACAUCUCAUCGCUUAAAGUUUCUGAAUCGGUUGCUUCAGAGGGUGAAGUGGAGCAGGAGGAUGCUGAUACUGCGAAAGACGCCGAAUUCGAUGCGCAAGACGGAGAAGAGCUAGCUUCAGAGCCGGCAUCCGAGGCACCUCCAACAUCUCCAUCCCGCGGCACGGCGUCCUCGCAAGUGGGCACCGUUGCAAUCAACAAAAAGCUGCCGGCGAAACGCGGCCAAAAGGGAAAGGCAAAGAAGAUCGCCAGCAAGUACAAAGACCAAGACGAAGAGGACCGUAUCGCCGCCGAGGCUCUCAUUGGUGCGACUACCGGCCAGAAGCGGGCUGAGGAAGAGAUGAAGGCAAAAGCGGACCGGGCGGCCGAGCUUGAGGCUGCCAAGGAGCGUCGCCGUGCCCAGCAUUUGCGCAACCAGAAAACGACAGCAGAGCACGAGGAAGCUCGUCGCGUAAUGAUGGAUCAAGACAUCGCAGAGCCCGAGCCCGACGAGACAGAAUCGGCCACCUCGCUUGACGUUCUCGUCGGGACUCCACUUCCUGGUGACGAGAUCCUCGAGGCGAUCCCCGUAUGCGCACCCUGGACCGCUCUCGGCAAGCUCAAGUACAGAAUCAAGCUUCAGCCCGGUGCAAUGAAGAAGGGCAAGGCUGUCAAGGAGAUUGUCGAGAAGUGGAAGAUGGACUCUGGCAAGAAGGGUGCCGUGGAUGAGACGGCGCGAGAUGCGGAGCGGAUGUGGCCGCGCGAGGUGGAGCUGAUCAAGGCUCUGAAGCCUGAGGAGGUGAUGAACUCGGUGCCCGUCGGGAAGGUGAAGAUCAUGACAUCGGGUGGCCUUUCAGGGAGUGGCAGUGGCAAAGGGAAAGGUGGCAAGGGGAAGGAACAAGGAAAGGGAGGCCGAGGCGGCCGAGGGUCAAAGAAGUGA